GGAUUGUUUUAUAAACAUGACAGUUUUUUAACACGAAACGAAAGUUUUAUAUUUUAAUUCUGCAAUAUAUUCUUUGGAAAAUAAAAUAUAUAAAAAAAAGCACAGAUUGGUUACAAACAUUUUAAUUUUUGACUUGUUACCAUGGCAAAGAAGGGAAGUACUUACAAAAUGUGGCCCACAGAACCCGAUGCUCCACACAAGGCGACACCUCUGGAGACACGUUUCCCCACAGAUGCCAGCUACUCCAGUGACUUGGCAUCAGAAGGUCGACUUCAGGAGAGCUCUAAGAAAGAGGAAGUGGAGAGAGAGCAAUGGGGCAACAAGGCCGAAUUCGUUCUCUCCUGUGUUGGGCUUUCUGUGGGACUCGGCAACGUCUGGAGGUUUCCGUAUCUUUGUUAUGUCAAUGGUGGAGCGGCCUUCCUGAUCGCAUACAUAAUACUUCAGCUCUUGAUUGGUAAACCAAUGUAUUUCAUGGAACUGGUCAUGGGUCAGUACUCUGGGAGUGGACCAACUAAAGUCUGGAGAAUGAAUCCUGCAGCUAAAGGCGUAGGCGUCUCCAUGUGCAUGAUCUCCCUCAUCGUCUCCAUCUACUACAACAUCAUCAUGGCCUACACCCUCUAUUACUUCUUCGCCUCCAUGCAGGAAACUCUGCCGUGGACUCAAUGUUCAGAGGAGUGGAUCCGAGAUUACAACUGUGUGUCCAAAUAUGAGGCCAGCCCUGCUCCAUGUACACUGAACAUGACACAGAACCAGGAAUUGGGCAAGUGUUCAUGUACAGGUAACUCGACCAUAGACAACAGUUCUCUCCCUUUCAACAUGAGCUGUACACCAAAGAUAGUCGGGACAUCAUCGGCGGAACUUUACUUCUACAAUGAAGUCAUACAACGAUCAGCCGGGAUGGCGCCAAGUCAGAUGGGCUCACCCCUGUACAGGAUAGUACUCUGCCUGAUACUGUCCUGGCUUGUGGUUGUCUUCUGCCUCAUUAAAGGCAUCAAGAGCUCAGGGAAGGUUGUCUAUUUCACCGCCACAUUUCCUUACGUCAUCCUUUUGAUUUUACUGAUACGCGGAAGUCUUCUGGACGGGGCCAAGGAAGGUGUGGAGUUUUUCAUUGUACCGGAGUGGAGUAAACUCGCAGACCUACAGGUGUGGAUAGCAGCAGCUGGUCAGAUGUUCUUUUCCCUCAGUGUCUCCUUCGGUGGCAUCAUCAUGUUUGGUAGCUACAACAAGUUCACCAACAAAGUAUACACGGACUCCUUGAUUAUCAGCUUCACUGACAUGAUCACUAGUAUCAUCGCUGGGUUCGUUGUCUUCACCACAUUUGGCGGCAUGGCCAAGGCGACGGGGAGGAAGGUCUCCGAGGUGGCUAAGGGAGGUUACGGCAUGGCUUUCGUGGUCUACCCUGAAGCUUUGUCUGGCCUGCCACCGUCACAGCUGUGGUCAGUGUUGUUCUUUCUGAUGUUGUUUACUCUAGGACUGGACUCUGAGUUUGGUCUGCUGGAAACUGUCAUCACAUGUAUACAAGAUGAGUUCCCAAAGCUGAAAAAAUAUAAAACUUACAUUUGUAUAGGUCUGAGCUGUGCUUGCUUCUUGAUGGCUCUUCCUUGUACAUGCCCGGGAGGCGACUAUGUGGUGACUAUCAUGGAUCACUAUGGGUCUGACUUUGCAGUGCUUAUUGUGGCUUGUUUUGAAGUCAUAUCAGUUAUGUGGGUGUAUGGUGUAAUGAGGUUUUUAAAAGAUAUUGAAUACAUGCUGGGCUCCAGGCCCCAUGGAUGGCCCUACUGGGUCUUCUGUUGGACCAUCUCUUCCCCGCUUCUCAUUGCGCUGAUGUUCUUGUACCGUAUGGUGAGAUACAAACCGCCUUCCCUCAGUGACGGGACGCCAUUUCCUCAUUUUGCCCAGAGUAUAGGAUGGACACUCCUAAGUCUUGUCUUGUGUCCGAUUCCUUUAUUAUUUGUAUGGAGGCUGGUCAAGUCUUUCCUUGACCCAUCAGUCACAACAUUAAAAAGUCGGCUCCACUUCUUAUUCUCCCCUACACCAGACUGGGGACCCAACGACAGAUCUGCAAGAAAGCUCCAAGAGGUCACCAGUUCAGAUAGCCUUUCAAUGGAGAAACAAUCUUACGACACUCCUGAGCUAGUUAAAGGUGACCUGGAAAAGCAGACAUUGAGUUACGAUAAUCCAGCAAUGAUUCACGAUGAUCCAGCAAUAAUCCACGAAAGGCUGUAAAUGUUUGUAUAUUGUCAAUAUACUAAAAAAUCUUAACCUAUUUUUAUUUAAAAUAUUUUCAGAACCGCAAAUCAUGGAAUAUUUAUUGAAUUACAACUCAUAGAUAUGUAAGACACGACAAGAUAUUGUACAUCUCAUUUGUAUCACAACUUCCCUAAAAUGUUGUUUUAGAAAGAGGCCAAGAGGAACUACUCUUGUUUAUGUAAUGCAGAUAAGUUUAUGCAUCUUCGUUAGGUCUUUUCAUUCAAAUGUAGAUAACUAUUUUGAGAUAUUGCUCUUGCAAAAGAAAUACAAUUUUAUAAAUAAAUAAAAAAACACCAGGGGUUUUUUAAAAAGUUUAAAAUAACUUACAUUUCUUAAAUGCAAAUUGUCAUUGCUCAAUUAAUUGUCUUAAAUAGUACAUGAAAUAAAGACUUUAGCCUGUAAUGCAAAGAGCAUUAUAUCACUUUAUCAAUCAAUCAUACGUAUUCCAAUGUGAGCAAGGCUAUUACAGUCCCUUCAUCCAGAGGCUUACUUGUCUACUGACUUUUAAAUUUCAUGAAAAGAGCCAUAGUAUCUAAAUUAAGUCAGGUCGUUUUUCUUUUUUUUUUCUCAAAAUAACACUCGCAGGCCCUCCUUUCCCUUUUUUUUCUGGGGGGGGGGUCGCUAUUUGGUAAGCAAUGCAGGUCAAAACGCAGAUGUUGAAUUAUACCCCAUGUAAAAUAAUGCCCAAGAAAAUGUACAUGCUGUGAAUGAAUCUAGAUCUCUUAAUAAUACGAACUGGCAAUAUAAUUUUGUGUUUUAAAAAGGUGCACAAAUAUUUACAUAUAAUGUUGACGCAAUUUUUUUUAAAGUGAACUUUAAAAAAAAAACACUAAAAGUCUCUGAUGCAGCUACAAUCACAAUAGUUCACUAGAAUGAAAAGUUCGUAUUAUUUUAUUUGCACACAUAACAAAAAAGCGUUUUACGUAAACGAUACAAAAUAAAACAAAUUAAAAAUUAUACUUUUCUUUUAUAGCACCCUAGUAGAUAAAUAGCAUUAGUACAUGCAAAAUAACAGUUUGUCAACAGAAAUCAACAGUGUACAGUAGUUUCCUUACUGUCUAUUAUGUCAUUAGUUCAAUCAAAAUUUUAAAACCUAAUCCUAUUGCGAUAUGAUCAGAUGUCGCGCUGUGAUUUCAGUUCAUAACUACUUUUAAGAGUUGACAUAACAAUGACCCAAUCUAUAACUUUGUAGUGUCAGCGUUAUGAAUACAUGAACUUCAAGACUUUUGUUAUA